CAGCUUCAAGGUAUAUCGAAUGUUCGCACGCGGAAUUUCUUUUCUUCGUUUCGUCUGUCGAAUGCGUGCAGGUGCAUCGCGCCACAUAUAUCGUAGCUCAGCCUUGUGCCCGUCACCCACAGCGCCGGGUUCAACACCCAUGGUUUGUGCGAGUCGCGCUGCAUCCGGUCAGGCAAUUUCGUCGUCAAACAAACAUGCCCCAGUACCGCCCAGCAUAUUCCCAAAAGAAGGGUUCAAGAUCCUCGAUCCGUCGAGGCCGAUUGAAGAGGAGAGCCUUCCCUUCUACCGCCCUGAAUUGUUCUAUCCUGUCCACCUGGGCGAGGUUUUCAAGGAUCGCUACCAACUGGUCGCGAAGCUGGGGUAUGGCGCCUCGUCUACGGUGUGGCUCGGCCACGAUCUCAUCGAACGGCGCUACGUCGCACUCAAGAUCUUCGUCAACAGCAUCCCUCGCAACCCAGAGCUGGAGGUUUUGCAGCAUCUCAAAGGCGUCCGGUCCGAGCAUAACGGACGUGAAUUCAUGCGGCUGCUGGAAACAUCCUUCCAGUUGGAGUUUUCUGGGAAAACGCACGACGUCUUCGUCCUUCGGCCUCUGGGCCUCAGCGUCCAAGCGCUACAGGAGUAUCAGCCGGAUCGUGUGUAUGACGAGGAAAUCGCUAGCUCUACUGCGCAAAGUGCCUUGAUCGCUCUUAAUUUCCUGCAUGAGGAGGCAAGGGUGAUUCAUGCUGGUGAGUGCAGAACUGCAGAUCCGAUCUAUAGGCUUUUUGGCAGUCCAGAUACUAGUCUAAACCAAAACCCACCGAGCAACCAAGAUGUUCAUUCCGGAAAUCUACUGCUCGGAAUAUCCGACGAAUCAUGUCUGGCCGAGUACGAACACAGUGAGCUGGCAAAACCUACGCCACGAAAGAUUCUCGCGGAUCGUGUUAUUCACGUUUCCCGUAUCUCCUUCAAUGUUGGCCAAGUUCCGCAUCUUUGUGACUUUGGCCAUUCUCGCAUCUGCACCAAUGGGAACUUACAGCAAGGGCGUGCGAUGCCGGUCCAAUACCGGACGCCGGAGAUGUUGUUGGAUAUGCCUUGGGGUUAUUCGGUCGAUCUGUGGGCACUUGCGCUAACGAUAUGGGAUCUGCUAGAGCCUGAACCACUAUUUAAAGUAUACGAGCCUACGGACAGUGCCCUUAACGAGGCGUUCCAUCUCGCCCACAUGGUGGCACUAAUGGGCCCGCCGCCUUUGGAAUUUUUGAAAAGGAGUGCCACCUCGACAAGGUAUUGGGACGAAGACGGAAAAUGGAAAGAAGCCGUCCCGAUCCCGCCGCCGACAAGCCUCGAGUCCCGCUUUACGCGUUUCGGCGGGCAGCGCAAAGCGCUGUUCCUCGACUUUAUUCGGGCCUUGCUCAGGUGGGAUCCGCAGCGGCGAUCUUCGAGCGGAGAAGCUUACAUGCAUCCGUGGCUGGCUCGAGUUCGGGGGGACGAUGAUGAUUUGUCGGCUUGA